UACAUGAUUCUGCCAUAUAACCUCUGCACCAAUCACAACCUCACAAAGGGCCGUAGUAUCCCGCCCCCGGCUCUGGGCCAGUAGUUGUGUUGAUGCCAGUUUGGUCACUAGGAGUAAUGCUGGGAGAGAGGGGUGCCGAGACUGCCGACUCAAGGGACCAGCACUUUAUUCUGCCAAAACUUUAAAAUCUUUUCGUUUUCGUGGGAUACUCUUAUUUUAGCACCAAACUACGCCUGGAAGUUGCACGUGACAGCGUGGGUUCGAUAGUAGACCAAACCGAAGUUAUUUCGAGAAUAUUUUGACAGACAAACAUGUAGCCUAUCAAGCUAACGAACAGCUAACGUUAACUCGAAAACAGUUCUUAACUGUCAAUUUACAACCAGUUGUGAAGAAAAUCCGAUGUCCUGAAUACUUGUAGAACUGUUUCUAGUGGUUUUCCAGGCGAACACUUUCAGGGAUUUUUAAGAAGUGUUUGUUAAGUUUUAUUAUUUCCGUUCGUUGAUUUAUAGCGUUUCUGCAUACUUUACAAAUUCGUAAGUAACGCUGUAGUGUCAAUCAUGUCAGCAUCAUCUGCGAGCUCAAGUCAUUACCAGCAGCAACAGCGGGGUAACGUCAAACGGAGCAACGACGGGUCCCCCACCUCCUCCUCAUCGACCCCCGGUGGCAGCUACAAUAACAACAACAGCAGCAACAGCAUCCCCAGCCGGCUGCAACCCAUCCGCGCCACGGUGCCCUUCCAGUUAUUGCGUGGAAAUCAGCAGAGCCCAACCCGCUCCCCUUCCUCCUUUUCAGUCGGGAGUCUCACAGGACCGACGUCUCCCAGCUGCUCCAGUCCAACCAGUCCAACGCUGCUGCUCGCCAACCCGGCUGGUAACGGCUCGGUUGACGGCCGGCUGUUCGCCCGACAGAGACCUUCUCCGCCGGACAACUGGGGCUCGCCAGAGCUGUGUCCAAACUCGCCGGUCUUCAGAGUCGAGCGGUCCAAGCCUCAGCAGCCGGUACGCAGUGCGGGGCCGAUCAGACGGACGUCCUCUCUGGGUGCCAUCACUGGCCCCUACCUCAGCGGCCACUGGCCCCGAGACCCACUCAUCUGCUACCCUUCGUGCAUGAAAGACAAGUCUACGCAGACUCCUGGAUGUUGGAGUGAAGAAGAAACCGAGAACAGGAGCACACACCAGCGCUCCGCAUCGUGGGGCAGUUCUGACCAGCUCAAAGAGAUCGCUAAGCUCCGGCAGCAGCUGCAGCGCAGUAAGCAGGCGGCUCGUAAGGAGGGGAAGGAGCGCCUGUCUCCGCUGCCCAUCCCUCAACAACACUCGGCCCCGUCGCCAGGCAACACACCCAGUGGACAGCCCAGCACCGCCAACAUGGCCAGCCAAGCAACGUCUCCCAUGUCCUCCAAGUCUCAGAUGUCGCUGUCGAGCAUCACAGUCCCCAAGCCGACCAUCUCCAGGGUGCCCAGCAGCAUGGAGGGCAUCAACCACGAGCUGGAGAAGGUUUUCAUCAGAGAGGGAGGGGAGAAGGAGGAGGCUCUGAGGUGUUUGAUAUGGGCGGUCCUGUUCCUCCUCAGCAGGCCAAAGAGUAGCAGCAGCAGGAGGUGGACAUUCUCAGACCCAGGGUGCCCCUGGUCGCCCAGGGGCUGCUGCCUCUGUCCCCUGUUCUCCCUCAGAUGUUUCGGGCCAGCUCACACGGGGCAGCCCCUUUACCCAUUGACGCAGCUGCUGAUCGACCGGGACAAAGUGGACAGUGGCAGCAGCUCUCCGCUGCCCAAGUUCGCGUCGUCCCCCAAACCCAACAACAGCUACAUGUUCAAGAGAGAGCCGCCCGAGGGCUGCGAGAAGAUCAAGGUGUUCGAGGAGAGCUCCAGGUCGGCCGGUGCGGUGCCGCUGUUCUCGUGUCCAGACAAGAACAAGGUCAACUUCAUCCCCACUGGUUCAAAGCCCUUCUGCCGGCGUCUCCCAUCGGACGGUGAGCUUGAAGGAGGGGAGGGGCCAGAGGAGGAGGAGGCGGGGCCGAGCUCGGUCGUCAUGGUACCCGGCCACGCCCCCUCUCAGGUCUCCGCCAGCACCAACACAGAGGACCACGCGCCGGACCACGCACCGGACGACCCCGACGCCUCCCCUCCUCAAGAUGGCCCAAAUAUCUGCAGCUUCUUUGCUCUGCCUGGUAUGCUACUCCAUGUUGAUUUGCUCUGCCUGAGGCUGACCAUUCCACUGAUCGGCGCUGUGCCGGAACACAGCCAGCCCGGGGCCGGGCCACGUGUGGGCCAGACCUGGCUGGGGGCUCGCUGGAGUUUGGAUCUUUACGCCAUGAACCCAAAACCAGCACGGCUCCAGUCCAGACCUCAUGCAGCCAUGUCCUGA